AUGACGUGAAUCAGCCAAGCUUUACUUGCUAGAAGUAGGAACACAAAUGUUUUUAAAUCAGAUCCUAUAACUGGAUGUUCAAGAACCAAAUGGCGGGCAGAUUUUCAAUCCCGGGACCAUUCUGAUUCCAAAAAGCCACCCCCUCAAACGUAGCCGAUUGGUACAUUACAACUACAUUACAAUGAUAACAAUAUAACUUAUAGAGAGAGGAAUCAUAAACUAUCAGAACCAGAAUGGUGGAGUGUAGCUGUGAUACACGUCGAAAAAUACAAACGCAUUGAAGCUAACACAAAGUUCAACGACGAUUAUAUUUGCAGCAGUAUCGACUUCAUCCACGGCAUUGUCAUCACCAGAUCAGUAUCAUCGUCAUCACCGUCGUCCUCGUCGUCUUUGUCAUCUUCGUUGACAUUAUCAACAUUUCCAAAGAAGUAAUAAUUAGUGUUACAGUUAAACAGCGGACAAAAUGAUCGACGUCGAUUCUCUACUGGUCAGUUUGAAACCAAAAGGUUUCUUCCAGGUCACCCAAUAUCUGGUCACAGACGUUUCCAUGAUUCCUUUUGCUAUUGCAUUGCUGAAGAUUGUAUUUAUCGGUUCAAUUCCCACUUCCAGAUGUGCUAAUUUGAACAUAUCUCAGUUAUACGACUAUGGCUACGAAAGCAAUGACACUCACGACGUAGUGUACGGAAAAUGUCAUAUAAGAAUAAUCAGUCGGAGCAGUAAGAGUUCGAACCGCACAUUAACAUGUAUAAACGGAUAUGCUUACGAUGAAGGAAAACAUCAAUCUUUUGUAUCGGAGUGGGAUCUCGUCUGUGGCAAAGCUGGUCUGGCUGAACUCACCCAAACGCUGUAUGCCGUUGGAGGCGUGGUUGGUUCCUUGAGCAUGCCUUACUUUUCCGAUACAAGAGGACGUAAACCUAUUUUGGUGCUGAGUGGCAUUCUUACUUUAAUCGUCAGUGUCGGAUCGUCAUUUUCUCCAAAUUAUGUUGUGUUUGCAGUAUUACGGGGACUUGAAGGCAUUUUUAUUCAGGGCCUUUCAGUAUCUUGUUUUACAAUCAUGCUGGAGCAUUUUCCAGUCUCUAGCAAGACAUUAAUGUGCGGCUUGACUGGCGUCGUAUGGGGUUCGUGUGUCGUGCCAUUCGGUCCCAUUGCUUACUUGUUUCGAAACUACAACUGGAGAAUAAAUAAUAUCGUCUUCUCAGCUACACACGCCAUUGUGUUCUUUCAAUUCUGGUUCCUUGAGGAAUCUUUAAGAUGGGUGGUGACAAAUGGUUUCGUGGAACGAUCAAAGAAAAUCAUCAAAAGAGCCUCCAAAUACAACGGUGUCGAUUUUGAUCGUAUCUGGGGAAAUAACAUGAUGUCAUCUUUGAUUCCAUUAGUGAAUAGCGACAACAGAAAAGGGACCCCUUCGAAAGAAGACUUGACCCAACAAGCUGAGAUCAAGGAAGAAGGAUUCCACACAAUAUUUCAAGAUCCCUUGGCGAGAAGAAUUACCAUAAUCAUAUUCCUUAUAGGAAAUUAUAUCAGAUUUUUGUGUCUCAUCGUUGCAUCUUAUGGUGACAUUAAAGAGUUUGUUAUUUUCUUGUUUUACGCAGGCCAAAUGUAUGUGUGGUGUGAGUGUGUACGUGUAUGUAUGUAUGUAUUAUGUAUGUGUGGUGUGAGUGUGUACGUGUAUGUAUGUAUGUAUGUAUGGAUGGAUGUAUGUAUGGAUGUAAACAUCUUUCUUAAAUUUUCUAGGUUACAAAGACGUUCAACAAUGGCAUUAUUCCAGUGUUUAUCCGGUGCGUCUCUUCUUUGUGCAGUCCUGGUUAACAACUUUGGAGAAGGAAGUAAAAUACUUUCCAUUAUCAACACAGUGUGUAGUAUGAUGGGCAUGUUUGGAAUUAGUGCUUCCUAUUGCGUUAUUUGGUUAUACACACCAGAAGUAUAUCCUACUAACCUAAGAAACAUCGGUUUGGGAUUCCUGACGUUAUGUGGCAGUAUUGGAAGUAUGAUUUCGCCAUUUUCUCGUAUUUUGAUGCUCUACGUUCCUUGGCUACCUGGAACAAUAUUCGCUGUUGGAUCUCUUGCCAGUGUUUGUCUUUUGAUCUUUAUGCCAGAAACUCAACAUUUACAGAUGCCAACCACAAUGAACGAUGUUCGAAAUCAACUAAAAUCCCAGAAGAGGAAAAAGAAAACUCGUUCAAACGAGGAAAAUCAUCAAAAUGCAAGCCUUACUAAAGCAUGAUUCGAAAAGAGUCAUUAAUAUAUAUAUAUACUUAAUAAUAUAUGUGUGUAUUGUUUUCUAUUUAUGCUGUUGAUACAGAUUUUGUUGUACAUUGGAAAGGAUAUUCCGCCAAUACAGCACUGUUUAAUUAUCAUCUAAUAAAUGAAUUUAUUAACAAAGCGA